CUGUGUUCCUUACUAUGUCCCGUCUCUGUGCUCUCUGUACUCUGGUGCUUUCUACACUGCAUGUUGUUUUUGGGAGCUCCGAAAUGGAGCUGUUUGAGAAUUUUAUGCUUCAAUAUAACAAGAGCUACAAUACCAGAGAAGAGUUUAAGUACAGGCUGGGCGUAUUUUUAGAAAACCUGAAGGAGGCAAGCCGUCUGCAGAGUGAGGAGCUCGGUACAGCACAAUAUGGUGUGACCAAGUUUAGUGAUCUCACAGAUGAAGAGUUUAGCAUUUACCACCUGCCCACCAAUAUUCUACCCACUCCACCUUCUUUUAAACAACCAGAAGAGGUUCUUCAGCUUCCUCCCUCAUGUGAUUGGCGCAAAAAAGAUGUGAUUUUAAAAGCCAAACAACAGGGAAAUACCUGCCAUUCAUGUUGGGCUUUUGCUGCUGUGGCUAAUAUUGAGGCACAAUUUGCAAUUAUGGGACACCAUGUGAAUUUGUCAGAGCAACAAGUUAUAGACUGCAGUCUUUGCAGGGAUGGUUGCCUUGGAGGAUACUCAUGGGAUGCGUUUAUCACAGUACUAAAUCAACGAGGCCUGACUAGUGAAAAUACAUACCCUUACACUGGCUACAAGUCUAAAUGCCGGAAAGGUCUUAAACCUAUAGGAUGGAUUCAUGAUUUUGAAAUGCUUCAAAAAAAUGAGACAGCAAUGGCCUCACAUGUUGCUGAUCGAGGAACCCUGACUGUGACUAUCAAUCACGCUCCAUUAAAGCAUUACCAGAAAGGAAUAGUAGAUACAUUGAGAUCUAACUGUGACCCUAAUUAUGUGGACCAUGUGGUGCUAAUAGUAGGAUAUCUUGGAGCAAAUAAACUUCCACAAUGGAUACUAAAAAACAGUUGGGGAGAAGACUGGGGAGAAAAGGGUUUUUUCCGGAUGUUCAGAGGAAAAAAUGCAUGUGGCAUCACCAAGUACCCUGUAACUUGCAUUGUGAAAGCUCACAAAAAUCAGAAAAGAAAACGCUGUGUUUGAUCAUCACCAAUGAGUGUAUGCUUAUAUACAUACAGUAUAUAUGAAAAACUUGUGCUAAGUCCCUUCUUUUCUGCUCUACUUAUAACUAGCAUGAUUGAACCAUCUAGGUUCCAACAUACUCAAAAGCUCAUUUACUGACACUGGCACAAUUGUUUCAGCAUAAUAACCUAUAGCAACCAAUAAAUAUAAAAUUAAUUUUAA